GUUUAAAUACUUCUCCCUCAGCAUGUCCAGGGAGCUUGCAUCCCUAGGGCUUUAUGCAGAGGGGCUAAUUCAAUUUGACCACAGCAAACUGCACCAAUUAAAAACACAUCAUCAAAGCAGGCUUUGAGGAUAGUGCUGCGCUGGACCAAAAAUACCUUUGCAGCAGCAUUUACUGGCCAGGAGCAGUGAGAGGCAGCAUUUCUCCUGCUGGCUGAGCCAUGAUAUUCCUGUCACAUUUUGGUGGAGUCAUUUUGAGAAGAGCCAAAAUAAGGCAGGGAGGGGAGAAUGAAGAGAGAAGAAAAAGAAGAGGCGGAUUGCUUGUUUAUGCUGCUGCAUCUGCUGUGGUGUUGCUGAAGGGGGGGGGCGAAUGUUGUGAAUGACUGAGGCAGCAGAGCAGCUGAGUGAGACUAACAAGUGGUUGCCAUGCAGCAGGAGCAAGCGUGCGUGCUUCUGGAGGGAGAGACAGAGAAACAGAAUGAUAAUGAGUAGGAGGCAGCAAGUAAGGGGGCAUGAGGAGAGGAGCUGUAUCUCUGCGAAGAGACACAUAUCAUAGCUCGAUCCAGCCUCUCCCAUCGCUUCUCUGUCUCUCUCUUUAUCUCUAGCUUUUUCUUUAGAUGAGAGGUUAGCCUAGCACAUCCAGUAUGCCAGCAACGGAUGGAUUAACGGAUAUAUGUCUGGGGGAUCCAAGACGGAGGAGUUGCUCGCAAGACACAGCAGCAACAGGUCUGUAAGGAUGGAACGAUAAUGACGGUAACAUGCAGGCUUCUAAACGCCUGACCCUAUCGGAGGAAAGAUGAGGCACCUAGAUGUUGGUUUACCAUGUUUAGCGUCCACUACAACCACUCCCUUGCUGCCAUGAGCGGAAACGACAUGAUGGCGCACUCUCUGACUCUGGAGCAGAAGACGGCAUUUGCCUUCGUAGGGAUGCUACUGGUGUUCCUGGGGCUGCUGAUAGUAAGGUGUUUCAGGAUCCUGCUGGACCCCUACAGCAGUAUGCCGUCCUCCAACUGGGCCGAUGGCAUCGAGGGGCUGGAGAAAGGGACGUUUGAGUAUGCCCUUACUUAACACAGGGACACAAACAUCCACAGAUGUCCUCAAUGAACAGAAAUGCCUAUAGACACACACACGCACAGACACAAAUACACUUGCACACAUGCCGACUCGCAUACAAGCCACAGCCCUACACAACCGCCGUACCUGACACUGACACACCAUUAAGACAUCUCUCUGUGACAGACUCAACCAAGAGACUCCAGCUGUGUAUGUUGUUCAAUGUGUGUGCACUGUUAGUUCAAAGCCAGUGUAGAGUCUCUCUACUGUAUGUGACUACAUGUCUGUUGUGUGCGUCCGACCAAGUGUGAGGCAGAUGCUGUGUCAUAUUCUCUGCCCUUCUGCCAGGGUGUUGUGCAUUUCAGCUCAUCGAUUUACACGGAAAUGGCUGAAGCUCCCUUUAACCCAUGCCUACAAGUUGAAUGUCUGUAGAUUGUAACAGGUGGUAAGAGGUGGAUGCUUGUGGGACUGGAAGGGGAAUUAGGGUGUAGUGGGAUUAUUCAGAUACUGUUUGAAGACUCAGGGACAAGAUUCCUCAUGUGAACUCAGAAUGAGAAACAGAGUGGUUCAACAUCUGCACAGCAGAGCCAUUCUGCGCAAGAAUGUAUACUGUAUGUUUUGGAUACAGGGUAUUAUGUCAAACCAGUGCUUUGUGGACUAAUCAAAUCCAAACUGUUGGUAAUCCAAAGGGAUACUGAUACUGCUGCUGCUGCUGCUGCUGCUGCUGCUGUUGCUGGUGUGUGUGUACAGAUUGGUCCUUUCCAUGGUGUCUUGUUUUUUGAGGUCAUGCAGUGAAAGGCAACUGAACAAACUGUGAUUUACAUUAUGGUGUUACUGUUUCUAAAUGAUGCAAAAACAACUCUCAGAGUUUGUACUGCUGCUGGUUUUGAGUGAUGGUUCACUGUAUGAUUACAUGUCUGAAUGAAACUGAAAACACAACUGUUUACUUUUGACAGUAUGUCUGCAAAGACAUAUGACAAUGUUGAUUUGUGGACUGUCAGCUUUUCCGUCUGUCAAGAGUUCUGUCUAAAGGUUGGCUGAUGUGAUCGAGCCAAAGAACUUUGAAGGAAAAUGAGGAUAAGAAACUAGGAAGAACUCUCAUUUUCAGCGCUGCUUGUUUUCUAAAGACAAGGAGAAACUCUCACUACCUGUCUGCACAGGAAAAGGUCACAUGGAAAAUAGGGGUGGGAUGUCUGUCAGCACUGCAUGUAAACAUCUUUUCCCUCCUAUUCUCAGCCAUCCUCACUCAUUCUCACCUGCUCUCUUGCCUCCAGACAGAGGAAGACAGAACUAAACAGAGAAUCUGUAUUAUUACAGCAGACUGGUCAAAGUCUUGAGUGUUCCUUUGCUAAUUUCUACGAUCUACGGUUUCUCCUUAGUGCUGUGAAUCUGCCUUACUGUGACCUUCAAUGGGUUUAUGUGCCUUCAUCUAGAAACAUUAGAGCACCUGUUUAUGUGUGUGUGUAUGCGAGCGUGCGUGUGUGGCAUAUCAUGAUGACCGAUGUGCGUCUCCUGACCUGUUGCUUGCUCAGCUGGUGGUAGAGAUUGCUCACUGAUAUAGAUUUGAUUCAAUGAUAUGAAAUAAAUAGAAUUUCUUCACUUUAAAAUAUUGUGGGUCAAAUUGUUGCUUUCUGUGUCUUAUUGCAAUCAUGUGAAGUAAAAAGUAAGAGAUUGAUUUUACAAAUCAACAUGAUACUUUAGGUGAC